UCAGAUGGAGCAGACUUGGCGGAAGUGAAAAAGCGGGCACAUAUAGGCCGAUCCCAUCCGACUCGAUUCGAUCUUAACCGUUUCCAACCGGCGGUGGAGAACGCAGACGCGAACGCUGCGAAAUUAUUACCGCUGCGCAUGCGCAGACAGGCCGUACUUGUUGUUGCGCUGACUGGGCUUAAUUACUGACGCCCCCGCCCCCUAGCCAACGAUCUUAGUUGUUUGUCUGCAUUUUUCAUCGACGGAGAGUGUGUGAGUGUGUGUGUGCUAGUGAGUGUUAGAGGCCAUCUCUCUGGGAAAACAUUCUUCCCGAGCGGAGCUUUCUUUUUGUGUAUAACACAAGAGAACUAGGCAAAAACCAAACGUAAACAAGGCAUCGCCAACUUGUGCAAUCCAGCAAUCGAGCGACAAAAACAAAAGAGCCGCGAAGUGGUUCCCAAGCCACAAACAAAAGUUGAAGUGCAAUUUACAAGCCCAAAACAAAAAGAAAAUCGAAAUGGCGGCGUGGAAACAGCUGCCAAACGGGGGGCGUUUUCUACUGGUCCUCCUGAUCUGCAUCUCCCACUCGGCCCACCAGAUCCGCGCCUGGCGCCCCUGUCCAGAGCUCAGUCCCGCCCUCCGACUGCCAUGCAGGUGCAAUGUGGUUCCGUUUGCGGCGACUGGUCAACUCGGAGCCGUGGCCAUGGACUGCGAUCGCGUUGUCUUCCACGGCGAUGCCCCCCAACUGCCUUAUGGAGCGCCCAUCGUGGCGUAUACGCAACGUCACAGCGGCCAACAGGUGCUGCCCGCCCAGACUUUUGGCCAACUAAAACUGACCAUAGAGGAGCUGGAUCUGUCUUACAAUCUCAUUCGAAGAAUCCCUGAGAAGGCAUUCGAUGGUCUCAAGGAUUCACUGAACGAACUGCGCCUGGCUAAUAAUUUAUUGGGCGACAAUCUGAAUCCCAUCUUCUCCACCGCCGAACUGCAUGUGCUGAAGAACCUGAGGAUCUUGGAUUUGUCCGGAAACAAAAUAAAGCUGAUCGAGGAGGGCCUGCUCAAGGGCUGUGUGGACCUGAAGGAGUUCUACAUCGAUCGCAACAGCUUGACGGCAGUGCCCACCAACUCUCUAAACGGACCAAGUGCCCUGAGACACCUUUCGCUGCGCCAGAACCAGAUUGGAUUUCUCCCUCCGGACUCAUUCAACGCCCAGCGUCAGUUGGAGAUCAUCGAUCUCCGCCACAAUCUCAUCCGCAACAUCGACAGCCGCGCCUUCAGGGGUCUGCAGAAGGUCCGGGAAAUCAAGCUGGCUGGAAAUCGUAUCAGUAACCUCAACAGCGAUGUUUUUGAGAAGCUGCAAUCCCUGCAGAAAUUGGAUCUGUCCGAGAACUUCUUCAGCCAGUUUCCCACGGUGGCCCUGGCAGCAGUUCCUGGAGUUAAGCACCUAAAUCUGUCCUCAAACAUGUUACAGCAACUGGACUACACCCACAUGCAGGUGGUUAGGGCUUUAGAAAGUCUCGACAUCAGUCGGAAUACCAUAACCAGCAUUACACCAGGAACUUUCCGGGAGAUGGGUGCUCUAAAGUAUCUGGACCUGAGCUUAAACUCUUUGAGAACGAUUGAGGACGAUGCCUUGGAGGGAUUGGACAGCCUGCAGACCCUCAUAAUCAGGGACAACAAUAUCCUCUUGGUGCCCGGUACUGCCCUUGGUCGCCUACCCCAGCUGACAACCCUCCAGUUGGAUUACAAUCGAGUAGCCGCACUCUCUUCGGAGAUCCUUGGAUCCCUACAGGCUGGCGACAUAACUACGCUGUCACUAUCGAGGAAUGUCAUUCGGGAACUGCCCCCCGGCAGCUUCCAGAUGUUUAGCAGUCUGCAUACCUUGGAUCUCUCUGGGAAUUCCCUGGCUUUAAUUAAUGCUGAUACCUUUGCGGGAUUGGAGAGCACUUUAAUGGCCCUCAAGCUAUCGCAGAACAGGCUAACGGGACUAGGAGUAGCUCCCUGGGUUUUGCCUGAGCUAAGAAGUCUAGACCUGAGUGGCAAUACGCUGACAGAGUUACCCAGUAACAUAUUCGAGGAGUUAGAGAACCUGCAAUCCCUUAAUUUGAGUGGCAAUCACCUGACCCCCCUCACUGGAGCUCUCUUGAAGCCUCUGGACCGCCUGCAGGUCAUCGACCUAAGUCGCUGUAAUAUUCGAGAGAUAAGCGGAGAUCUCUUAGCUGGAUUGCAGGACCUCAAGCACAUUUAUCUGAAUGAUAAUCACCUACAGGAACUGCAGGAUGGUAGCUUCGUCAAUCUGUGGAACAUCAGCUCCAUAGAUCUGUCAAACAAUCGCAUUACAUCCAUACGUUCCGGAGCCUUUGUGAAUGUGAUGAAGCUGCAGAGGUUGAAUCUACAUGGGAAUCAGUUGUCCGCCUUUAAGGGAGAGUACUUCAAUACGGGCACAGGAAUAGAGGAGUUGGAUAUUUCCGACAACCAGUUGAGCUAUCUGUUUCCAUCUUCCUUUAGAAUUCACCCCAGAUUGCGGGAAAUUCGAGCUGCCAACAAUAAGUUUUCCUUCUUUCCGGCGGAACUUAUUUCCUCCCUGCAAUAUCUAGAGCACAUCGAUCUGUCCCAUAACCAGUUGAAGACCAUCGAGGAGCUGGACUUUGCCCGCCUGCCACGCCUUCGCGUUCUACUCGUUUCCAACAACCAACUGGACAUGGUCAGCGAGAUGGCCUUCCACAACUCCACGCAACUACAGAUUUUGGAUCUGGCCUAUAAUAACUUGGAUCGCAUCGGAGAGCGAACUUUUGAGGGCUUGGUGCGACUGGAGCAGCUCAAUCUUGAGGGUAACCGGUUGUCGGAGCUUUCGGAUGGUGUCUUCGAGCGCUCAAAGCUACAGAUGCUGGAGAACAUAAACCUCGGCCACAAUCGUUUCGAAUAUGCACCUUUGAAUGCCUUGCAAAGACAGUUCUUCUUUGUAUCUUCCGUGGAUUUGAGUCAUAACAAAAUCAAGGAGCUACCUGGAGAUGAUAGCAUUAUGGUGAACAUCAAAAGGAUCGAUCUUUCCUUCAAUCCACUUAGUCCCAAAGCAGUUCACAAUGUUCUGAACGAACCCAAAACCGUCAGGGAACUCAGUUUGGCGGGUACGGGUAUCGAAAAACUGGAACUACUGGAAACUCCGUUCCUCCAGUUCCUGAAUCUCUCCCACAAUAAGCUUAAAAAUGUUAAGCCAGAGGUCUUUCAAAGAGUGACGCUUCUGGAAACUUUAGACCUUUCCAGCAAUGAGUUGGAGUCCCUUGACGAUCUUUCCAUGGCAUGGCCUCAGCUACAGGUACUCCAGUCCUUGGAUCUAUCGAAUAACAGCUUUGAAAUCAUCUCGCAGUCCAACUUUGGUAAACUGGAGAUGCUGCGCUCCUUGCGAUUGAGCCACCUGCCACUGUGCACCAGAAUCGAGAAGAACGCCUUUAAGCAGCUCCCCAAUCUGGUCAAUUUGGAAGCCUAUGACCUUCCCCUACUUGGCUAUCUGGAUUUGCAGGGUAUCCUGGAACUUGUACCGGGUCUGGAAGUUCUGGAUAUUGAAGUAAAGGACUCCAGCAUUGGAAGCGAACAGAUUCAACCGCUCAAGCAUCCGCGCCUUAGAAGCUUGGGAAUCAGAGGAGAACGAUUGAAGUCCAUAUCAUCAGGUACUUUGGCGGGUCUGAAGAGUACAGACUUGACAGUCCAGCUGAGGAACACCUCUCUGAGUGCCCUGCCCCCAGCUUUACUAUUUCCGGUGCCGAGAUCCUCCCAUCUCAACCUGAAUGUCGAGGGAUCCAAGAUCACAGUGCUGGUGCCGCAGUUCCUGAACGCUCUGGAAGAUCGCAGAGCUAGUCUGCAGCUGCAGGGAUUGGCCAGCAAUCCCAUAGUCUGCGAUUGCAAUGCUCGAGCUCUCCGACGAUGGCUUCCCAGUUCCGGUAUGCCGGAUGUCACCUGUGCAUCGCCUGCCUACCUGGUCAACCGAAAACUUAUUGAAGUCGGCGAUGAUGAACUCACCUGUGAUGCGAGACGAAUGACAUCCUCCACCUCCAGACCCACCGCUCCAGUGCCCCAUCUUCUGAAGACCUCUAGCCAAUUGGUGACAAGGAGCAGCUCCACCACGGAAGAACCCCUGAUCAUCUGGAGCCUGGAACCAACACAGCCUCCCAGCCUGAAGAAGAUUAAGACCAAGGCUCCACUGAUGAAGGCCCAGUCGCCCAUUAUCAGUAAUGACGAUACCCUAAUAAUAGGAAUCGUUGGAGGAGUGGUGGCGUUCAUAGCCAUACUCAUCAUCAUCAUUUGCAUCAUAAGGCUGCGUAUGAGCAAUGCGGAGUACCAGCAAAACGCGGCGAUGAUAGGAAUCCCAGCUGGCAUGCAAAUGGGUGCCCACAAUGCGGCUUACAACUACAAAAAUGGAGCGGGAGCAGCUCUAUAUGCGGUGCCUCCUUACCAAGCUAGCUAUGCUACCCUGCCUCACAAGGCAGCCUCCAUCCAUCAGUCCAGCCAGAAUCUCUCCCAGCGCCAGCAGCAGCAGCAACAACAGCAGCAACAGGCGGCUGCGGCGGCGGCGGCCUACUCGACCAUGUCCCGCAUGUCGUACUUUAGCGGCGCGGGCGGAGGAGCAGGCGGAAAUGGCGACGGAGCCGAAAGCCUCACGCAUCAGCAUCCGCACCAGCAUCAGCCCUAUAUCAUCUACUCGGAUGACAAGGCCUACAGAUAAGCCAGCCGAUCGCAGCGGCAUCUUCAUCUUUCCCACUCCUACAUUCUGUCCAUUUCAAUCUCAGUCAGUCAGUCAGGCACAUCGCCGCAAACAGGUUCUACAUUAUAUCGCCGCUCUCAGCCAACGUUGUAUAUAGACUUUAAAACAUUCUAACUGUAACCCUAACUGUAUCUAUGUCUAACCAUAAUUAAGUGCAAGCAAAUCGCUUAUGCGGAAUAAACAAAUCUAGAAUAAUA